UUCGCAGUUAUGUCAUUCUAACUACAUUUUUUAUACAAGCGUAUUAUUAAUUUAUAAUCAUACUUGUAAUCUAAAAGUUAUUACUUUUAAACUAUACAAACGAUUUUAUCUACUCAGGAUAGAGUUCGAUAGGGAAUGUUGGUAGGCGGUCUAUGCUCCUACAUGAGGGGUAACAAACGUAAUAAUGAAAAAGAUUAUUUCUAUAAAGAAUUUUAUCCAAGUUCGGAUAGAUAUAAUGAUGAUUAUUCACAUGGAAAUUAUGAAGGUUAUAAUAAAUAUUCACCGUAUGAUGAUUAUAAUGACGGGAAUGAAUAUAAUCACUAUUCAAAUGAUGGUUAUAACAACUAUGAUUAUAAUUAUGAAGAUUAUUCACACCAUGAAUAUGAUGACAAUAAAGAACAAAGAGGACAUGACGAACAUUCUGACUAUAGAUACCCUCCAAAUCCCCAUGAUCACUAUGAAACUAAUGAAGGAAAUAAUUAUGAUGAUAAAUAUCCUGAUGAUUAUAACAAUCUUGAUUAUUACAAUAAUUACAACGUUGAAGAUCAUGAUAAUCAUCGAACUUCAUAUCAUAAUAAUCAUCAAACACAGGCACCUGAUUAUCAUGCUUAUCAAAAACACGAAAGAGAUACGUUCAGAUAUCAGGACUAUGUAUUAAAUCAUUGGAAUAAUCACAAACCAUAUACAGAUUAUGAAUAUCAAUAUUACCGAGUGAAACCAAAUCAUUAUGAUGAGCAUUCGGACAACAAUGGCGAAUACUAUAAGGACAGAAAAGAAAAUCCAUCACAACGUACUACUGUGAAACCUGAUAAUGAUGAAUUUAGCUUUUGA